GCGUCUUCUCCCCAGCUACACUCGACCAAACCCUAAACAGCCAGAUUAUAUAUUGUGAAGAAGCAAGAGGUGGAAGAUGGUGAUGAAGGUGUAUGGCCCAGUGAGGGCUGCAUGCCCACAGAGGGUGUUGGCUUGCCUUGUAGAGAAGGGCGUGGAGUUUGAGGUUGUCCAUGUCGACCUCGACUCUGGCGAGCAAAAACGGCCUGAUUUCCUCCUUCGACAGCCUUUUGGGCAAGUUCCAGUGGUAGAAGAUGGCGAUUUCAGGCUUUUUGAGUCGAGGGCGAUUGUAAGGUACAUCGCGGCAAAGUACGCGGAGCAAGGGCCUGACCUCUUGGGAAAAAGCUUGGAGGAGAAAGCGGUAGUUGAUCAAUGGCUGGAAGUGGAAGCUCACAACUUCAACGAGUUGGUGUACACACUGGUCAUGCAGCUAGUGAUCCUACCUCGAAUGGGUGAGCGGGGGGACUUGGCUUUAGCCCACACUUGUGAGCAGAAGCUGGAAAAGGUGUUUGAUGUGUAUGAGCAGAGGCUGUCGAAGAGCCGGUACCUUGCAGGAGAUUCAUUCACUCUCGCUGAUCUGAGUCAUCUUCCGGCCAUCAGAUACUUGGUGAAGGAAGCUGGAAUGGCGCACUUGGUUACUGAGAGGAAGAGUGUGAGCGCAUGGUGGGAGGACAUUUCCAACAGGGCUGCUUGGAAAAAAGUCAUGGAGCUCGCUUCUUGAUAUAUGUUGUUAAUUUCCCUACGUGGCCAUGUAUGCACCUUUCCAAUUAUCUUCUGCUGUACUUGUUGGUUUGUUGGCUUGUUGGUAUGUUAUUAAACCUUAUUAAGGAAAAAUCAUCUACCCUUGAUAAUAUUUUCCAUGACAAAAAGUUGUUUACAAUGCCAUCAUAAA